GUAAUCAUCUCAAGAUGCAAUUCUCAAGCGCCUUGAUCCAUCUCCUGGCGGGAUAUGGUGUCCUUGUGUAUGGAUCUCAACCAAUUGAGCGACCCUCUCCGCUCAACGGCACCGUAUCCGAAAACUGCCACCGAGCAUGCGCCUCGCUUUCCAAUUCGUUCGGGCCUGAUGCCUUCCACUAUCCCUAUGACGACAGCAAUUUCACCAUCUGGGACGCAAAACAACAAGAGGUCCGACCAGCCUGUCGCGUUGAGCCAUCAACUGCAUCCGAUGUCUCCAAUAUCAUCAACACCCUGGUGUCCAACUGGUGUCACUUUGCCGUCAAAGGCGGCGGCCACUCCCGGAAUCCCGGGGACUCGAACUCCAUCGGUGGUGUGACUGUGGACCUCGACCGCAUGACAUCGGUGGAGAUACUGGAGGAUGGAAACAAGGCACGGGUAGGUGGCGGUGCAACCAGCUAUCAGGUCUAUGCCGCUCUCGACGCGCACAAUCUAUCGUUUGUUGGUGGACGAGUCGGCACCGUCGGCGUCGGCGGGUUCACACUUGGCGGGGGCACAUCCCCCUUCUCCAACAAAUACGGCUGGGCAUUGGACAAUGUCUACGAGUAUGAGGUUGUCUUGUCGAAUGGGACGAUUGUCACCGCGAGCGAAUCCCGUAAUCCCGACUUAUAUUUCGCCUUAAGAGGGGGCGGGAAUAACUUCGGGGUUGUUACAGCCUUCACUGUUCGUACUUUUGCGCAGGGCCCUGUUUCUACGACCUUGGUUACCUAUGCCUCCAACCAGACCGAGCAGGUUCUGGACAGAAUUUAUGACCUUUUCACUGAUGAACAGCUGACGGAUGAUGUCAACAUGGGCUUGGACAUGUUCUAUACGUACUCGCCCGAUGAGGACAGUUUUACCUUGUCCGGGACACAGCGUUAUGCAAGGCCGAUCCGGAACCCGCCUGUGUUCAGCGCAAUGGAUCAGAUACCGGCACUGACGAGAUUCAACAUAAUUUCGAACAUGAGCAGCCAGACUCAAGAAUCCGAGCCGCUGGGUGUCACGAGACAUCUCUUCGCCACGCUUACCGUGUCCCCCUCUCGUCCCCUCCUAUCUCAAGCAGUCAACAUCUUCGAGGAGGAGGUCCGCGCAAUCAGUGCAGUGGAAGGGCUCGUCCCCAACCUCGUCUCCUACGCACUGUCGCGCAACGCUAUCGCAGCCAUGAAACAGAGGGGGGGAAACGCGCUUGGUAUUCAAGCGGAUGGGCCGUUGCUCCUCAUUCUAAUUUCCACCGCCUGGUCCGACGCUGAUGGCGAUAUAGCCGUCAACACCAUGACGGGAAACACCAUCGCUAGGAUUCAAGCAGCGGCUGAAAGUCUCGGUGUUGCAAACCGUUACCUAUACAUCAACUAUGCAUCGGCACAGCAGGAAGAUGAGAUUUUCCCGGGGUAUGGAGAGGAGAAUGAGCGGCGCUUGAAAGAAAUUCAGCGGGCUGUUGAUCCUCGAGGUGUUUAUACCUCUCAGGGGCUAUGGAGGGGGUUCGUUAAAUUGCUGUGAUGCUCUUGGCUUAUUUGUCGUGUAGCUAAGCUCUGUCACGGGCUCGAGGUUGGGUUAAGUUUGCUCGUCAUUGCGCAGUACAGAUAGCGGUGAACCUACCUUUUUCAGUGCUCUGGAAAUGGCAGCAUCUAGGCAGAUGUUCUUAGUAUUCG